AUGAUCCACUGGACCGUCAUGCUGAUUGCGGACAUGGUCCAGUACGGCGGGACCAUUCCGCGCGAGCUGAGCGUCCGGAAACUUUCAGGAAAGGGUCAGCCCGGCGGCAGGGGCAUCGUUGACUUGUGCAUGUGCAAGAAGGAGAUCGCGUGGUGCAUGAUCAAGAAGGCACGUGACUUGAAGGUCAGCGAGGUGGCCGUGAAGCGCAUGGACGCGUGGGAGAAAAGCCCCGAGGAGUACAGGAAAGCAAUGUUCAAGGGCAGCGCGUCCUGGGUGGGGACUUUGCCUGACUCGGCGCAGAAAGGCGAGCUCGUCUUCGACAACAAGUACGACGAAGUGAUCAAGCAGGCCAAGAAUGGCGGGCACAGCAUGGAGGAGGCCCUCACUCGCUCCCCCGUGAAGGAGAAGAUGGAUGAGUUCGUUGCCGCGCUGGAGGCGGAGGGCGAUGGCCGGCCAGCGCCAGACAUGGAGAAGAAGGGCAUCGACGUGGAGGACAUUGACUUGAGUGACGAGGAGGAUGGCGGGAUGAUGCUUCCUGGUAUCUCGGCAAAGAAGAUGGACGACAAGGAAGGCGUGCUGGCUCAGUGGGUCACCUAUGCAAAGAACUUGGUGGACAGGUAUGUGAAUUUGCACGGUGACCCUGGCAGCGUCUCCGGGGUCGCUCAGCUGCUGCGGGCGGACCCGCUUUCCCAGAAGGUCACUGGGAAGCAGGAGUACGUGCUUGUCCUGUACGAUGUCACGAGAGCUGGAGAAGCAUCGUCCAGGCCGCACUUGAGACCGCCGCCCUUAAGGGAUGAGCACUUGAAAAGAUGCAUCAAGGGAGCCUUGGAGGGGCUCCAGCCGGCGCAGAACGUUUUGCCACAGAUCCCGGAGAAGGCCGCCUUCUUUUUCAUCGACAGGAACCUGGGCAGUGCAGGCAAUGCCUCGAAGGCCUUUGUGGACGACGGCGGCAAGGUGAUUCCGAAGGUCAAGACGCAGUUGUACGUGUUGACAACGGAGCAGUCCGAGCGACAGGUGAAAGCCCGGGUCAAGGGCAUUGCUACGUUGUCCACCAUGCUGAGUAUGAACGUCUUCAGCCAGAAGACGCUCGAGGUCGUGGCGAAAGAUCACCUGCACGUGCCGGGAAGCACGGCGUCUGAUUGCCUCGGCCCCUUCGAGAGGACGCCGCCAGAAAGCCUCUGGAAGGUGAAGCACGCCAGCAAGUCGGACCUCCUGGGCAAGGCGCUGAUCGCCGUGGGGGGAACUGUGGAUGGCGACCCGGGGCCGGAAGUGGAUCCCGGGCCGAAGCCCUCCAGCAUGGUUCCCUUUUGCUGGCAUGGGCUCCCGACAGAAUAG